AUGGACUGGACUUUCAACACUAAGAAGAAUCAAUUCAUUGAAGAUUUGAAGGACACCAGGAACUCGAGGAAGCGCGGCGUGCAGCUCAGCGCGCGGAGCCGCUUGCUUGACUUCAAUGCGACUGUCAAUCUUAUCAUUUGUCUGUUCAAGGGUCUCAAGGCACGCGUUGGCGUCGAAGGGUUCUUCUGUCUUGUGCGGUCGAGUACCAAGUACAAUGUGUCCCCUCACCUCUGGUUCAGCUCGGCGCAACUCGGCAAGUAUCUUCGGCUUAAUAUCAAAGGCUUCGACCUCGAGAAGAUUGGGCUAUUGGCGGAGGCAUUUGUGGUGGCCGGCUGCGACUGGAUGACCUUCCUCCACACGUCCAAGGACCAAGCGAACUUCUUGAAGACUGACAUCCGCGACAUGGUACAUACUGCCCUCGUCAACAUCACCGGUAACCCGAAGAUCAUCAUGAAUUACAAGAGCUUCGAACACGAGAUCGUCAUCAAAUACGGCAUUGACAUCGAAGGGUGGACCCCCGGCAAGGAUCGCUUCAUCAAUCCCUCGGACCUCUCAGACAGCCUCCCCCUCCUACGCACUCUCCACGAGGCGCUUGAGUCGGGGACUUGCAAGUUCAUCCGUCUCAGCGCGGAGCAAGUCUCGGCACGCAGGAAGGCGUACGACGCUCGCGUCAAUGCCGGCGAAGUCGUGACACGCAAGACUCGUAAGGACAAAGGCGGCUCGCACAAGAAGCCGCCGAAGCGCAAGGGCCGUAAGAAGGGCAAACACCGCAGUGAUCAGCCGAGCGACGAUGACUCCAACUCCAGCGAGGACUCGGACGAGGACGACGAGGGCGUGCCGCGGCCACGCAAGCGCCGUCGUGUUGUGCAGGCGGGCGGGGCGGGCGAGGGCCAAUAG